AUGCUUGUUCUUUUCAACUUUCUGUUCUCGCCUUACUUUAUACCAACAGCAAUCCAAGAAAUUGGAGGACACUAUGGAAUCAUUUCUAUAUACGGAAGUAUUGUUGAUGGUGAACGAAGACCAACCCAAUACGCAUAUUUACUAAAUAUGUUGCAUACUUUAGCAGUAACAUCUCCUCUGAUUUUUGUUUUAUCCGUGAUGAUUCAGUUCAAGAAAUUCUCUGCUUGGUAUCUUGUAGAUGUAAUUUUCUAUUUGAUAUCAGGCGUUGUUUGUCUUUAUAUUACUUUAACAAGUAUUGUACAUGCCACAAGAUUUGUUUUUGCUAUAACAAACUUCCCAUUUAUUAUUGUUCCCACAAUAACAACAAUAAUAUGCAUAUUCCUUGCUCUUAAAGCAAGAGGCAAAAUUACUUUCAAUAUAUAA